AUGUCUAAUAAAAUUAUUGUAACAGAUAUUUCCCCUUCCGUUUCCGAGAACACUGGUAUGGAAUUUUUCGGAUUUGGCGGAAAAAUACAAGAAUUGGAACUUGUAAAGGAUGAUACAAGUGAUAAGCAAAUUGCACAUAUCACCUUUGAAAAAGCAGAAGGAGCUAAAACUGCUUUAAUGCUUUCAAAUGCUGUUCUUGAAAAAGUUCCAAUUACAGUCAAACUUGAUGAAAGUUGCUUAUCUACUAGUGAGGAAUCAUCGGAAUCCGGAGAUGGUAUAGAACAAGAAGAUAAGGUUAGGGCCGCCAUAUUUUCUGAAAUUUUGGCAGCAGGAUAUCAAUUAACGGAUGUCUCUGAAACUGUCACCACUAAGGCUACUGAAAUUAAUGAAAAAUAUGCAGUACAAGACAAAGUAAAAUAUGCUGCUUCACAAGUUCAAGAUACAACUACACGAGCUCUUGACACAAAUGCCGGUAAAAAAAUGGCUGAAUUUUAUCUUAACACUUCAAAACAAGCAACUGAUGUAUAUCAUGAAGCAAUAAGAAUUGCCAAUGAAAAGAAAGCAAAAUCCGAAAUUACUGUUGAUACUACCGAAAAUAUUCAACAAUAA